AUGGGCAAAGGUGGUGGGACACGAAUACCACUAUGGAUAUCAGUACUAGCACUUGCCUUCACGCACAUCAAAGAUUCUAGUGCAUAUGACACCAGAUCAAAAGGAGUGACAAUCAUUCCACCUCUUCGAAACAUAUUGGCAGUAAAGUCUGGCAAUCCCUCUCACAACGGCCGUGUGUGCAGCACAUGGGGUAACUUCCACUUCAAGACUUUUGAUGGAGACAUCUUUUACUUCCCUGGGGUCUGCAAUUAUGUCUUUGUAUCCAACUGCAAGUCCUCUUAUGAGGACUUCAACAUCCAGAUAAGGCGUACAAUGGUCAAAAAUGCUACCAUCAUCACCCACGUCAUCAUGAAGCUGGAGGGAGCAGUAAUUGAGCUGACACGCAGUGCUGUCCUGGUUACUGGCCUACCGGUUCAGCUUCCCUAUAGUAAGAUGGGAAUCUCGAUAGAGAGAAGUAACAGCUAUUUGAAAGUUACUGCCAAGUUAGGGCUGGUCUUCCUUUGGAAUGAAGAGGAUGCCCUCCUGGUGGAAUUAGAUAAGAAAUAUGCCAAUCAGACCUGUGGUCUUUGUGGGGACUUCAAUGGAAUACCAAUUAACAAUGAGUUUAUUUCAGAGAACACAAAACUGACUCCCCUGCAGUUUGGGAACAGGCAGAAGAUGGAUGGACCCAUAGAACAGUGCGAUGACCCUAUUCCUCCUGCUGUUCUGGGGAACUGCACAGCUGAAUUUGGUUCUAUCUGUCAAACAGUAUUAACCAGUGAAGCGUUCAGAAGCUGUAAUGUACUUGUGGAUGUUCAAGACUACAUUGAAACUUGCAUACAAGACCUAUGCCACUGUGACGACUCUCUGGCUGAUUUCUGUAUGUGCAACACCUUUGCUGAAUACUCCCGGCAGUGCGCUCAUGCAGGUGGACAGCCUCUAAACUGGAGGACCUCUGAAUUGUGUUCCAAAUCAUGCCCUUUCAACAUGCAAUACCAGGAAUGUGGCUCCCCCUGUUCUGACACCUGUACCAACCCUGAACGAUCUGCACUUUGUGAAGAUCACUGUAUGGAUGGCUGCAUCUGUCCUCCAGGAAUGGUAUUUGAUGACAUUAACGGUGCUGGCUGUAUUCCGCGUAAAGAUUGCCACUGUACGUAUGAAGGUGAAAGUUAUGCUCCUGGGGCCUCCUUCUCAUCCAAAUGCAGAUCAUGUACCUGUGCUGGAGGUGAGUGGACUUGUGUCACCCAGUCAUGUCCAGGGACUUGCAGUAUUGAAGGAGGUUCCCACAUUACAACAUUUGAUGAGAAGCAUUAUUCCUUCUUCGGAGACUGUAGCUAUGUCCUGACCAAGCUCUGUGACAGCAAUGAUUUCACUGUUCUGGGAGAGAUUCACAAGUGUGGCCUGACUGACACUGAGACAUGCCUCAAGGGCAUAGCCGUCAGUAUAAGUGGAGGACAAACUAACAUUGUGAUCCAAACUUCUGGCAGUGUAUUUGUGAAUAUGAUCUACACACAACUGCCAUUCUCUGCAGCAAAUGUUACCAUCUUCAGGCCAUCAUCUUUCUUCAUCAUUUUACAAACAACCUUUGGUCUUCAGCUAGAGAUUCAGCUUGUGCCCAUCAUGCAACUUUUUAUAAACUUAGACCCAUCACAUAAAGGGCAGACAUGUGGUCUCUGUGGCAACUUCAAUGACAUCCAGACAGAUGACUUCAAAACAACCAGUGGAGUAAUAGAGGGUACUUCAGCUGCCUAUGGCAACACGUGGAAAACUCGGGCUGAUUGUCCUGAUGCCAAAAUCACCUUUGAGAACCCCUGUACUCUCAGCAUAGAAAAUGACCAGUAUGCUCAGCAUUGGUGCGGACUGCUCUCUGAUACCACAGGACCUUUCACCGAAUGUCAUUCAACAGUAAAUCCAGAAGUUUACCAGAAGAACUGUAUGUUUGACACGUGUAACUGUGAGAAAAGUGAGGACUGCAUGUGUGCUGCUCUUUCGAGCUACGUCAGGGCCUGCGCUGCUAAAGGAGUUCUCCUCACUGGAUGGAGAAGCAAUGUCUGCAAAAAAUACACCACCUCAUGUCCCAAAACCUUGACGUACACUGAUAACGUUGAUUCCUGUCAACCCACUUGCCGGUCUCUGAGUGAGCCUGAUGUCACAUGCAACAUCAAGUUUGUCCCAGUUGAUGGCUGCACCUGCAUAAAUGGAACUUACAUGGAUGAAAGUGGCAAAUGUGUGCCUGCUUCUAGCUGUCCUUGUUACUACAAAGGAACCUCUCUGCCUUCUGGGGAAGUUGUUCAUGAUAACGGUGUUGUAUGCACUUGCAUCCAUGGAAAGCUGAGCUGCAUUGGAGAGAAACCAGAACCAGUCUGUACACCUCCCAUGUUCUAUAUUGACUGUGGCAACACCACUUCAGACAUGAUAGGAGCUGAGUGCCAGAAGAGCUGUCAGACUCUGGAUAUGGAAUGCUACAGAACGCAGUGUGUCUCUGGCUGUGUAUGUCCUGGUAACCAAGUGUUGGAUGGCAAGGGUGGCUGUAUAGCUGCAGAAGACUGUCCAUGUGUUCACAAUGGGGAUUCCUACCCCCCAGGAGAAUCAAUCAGAGUUGGCUGCAACAACUGCACAUGUAGAAACAGAAAAUGGCAAUGCUCUGAAGAACCUUGCCUAGAAACCUGUUCUGUUUAUGGAGAUGGGCAUUACACCACCUUCGAUGGCAAGCGUUUCGAUUUUGAAGGAGACUGUGAAUACGUUCUGGUCCAGAACUACUGUGGCAAAAAAAGUUUGAAUCAGGGAACCUUCAGAGUUAUCACUGAGAACAUUCCAUGUGGUACCACAGGAACCACCUGCUCUAAGUCUAUUAAAGUUUUCCUGGAGAACUAUGAAUUAGUGCUCAGUGAUGGACGUUCUGAUGUCAUCCAGAGGACACCUGGAGGAAAAAUGCCAUUCCAAAUCCGUUCCAUGGGCAUCUACAUGGUGGUUGACACUAAUGUUGGUCUAAUACUCAUGUGGGACAAAAAAACCAGUAUAUUCAUCAAACUUAUCCCUGAUUUUAAGGGACAUGUCUGUGGCCUCUGUGGAAACUAUGACGGCAAUGGGAACAAUGAUUUCACUACUCGCAGUCAGUCAGUGGUAGAGAAUGUGCUGGAGUUUGGCAACAGCUGGAAAGUGUCUUCCACUUGCCCAAACGCUAAUCGUACCAAGAAUCCCUGUGCUGCGAACCCUUACAGGAGCUCCUGGGCACAGAAGCAAUGCAGCAUCAUCACCAGUGAAGUUUUUGCGAGGUGUCACUCCCAGGUUGAACCAAAUGAAUAUUACCAAGCGUGUGUGAAUGAUGCUUGUGCCUGUGACACUGGGGGAGACUGUGAAUGCUUCUGUACAGCAGUAGCUGCCUACGCUCAAGCAUGCAAUGAGUUGGACAUCUGCAUUUCAUGGCGAACCCCAUCCAUUUGUCCUCUGUUCUGUGAUUACUACAAUCCACAAGGGGAAUGUGAAUGGCAUUACAAGCCAUGUGGAGCCCCUUGUAUGAAGACCUGCAGCAACCCAAGUGGGAAAUGCCUUCAUGAGCUGAGGGGUUUGGAAGGCUGCUAUCCACAUUGUCCAAACAAUGAACCCUAUUUUGAUGAAGAAACCAUGACUUGUGUUUCAUAUUGUGGUUGUUAUGAUGAUAAUGGAAAACGUUACAUGCCAGGAAUGGGGAUGCCUUCAAAGGAGAAUUGUAAAUCAUGUGAAUGCACAAUCAGUGGCAAAAACUGCAAAUACGAUGCAUAUGCGUGCCACUGCAUUUACGAGGGAAAGAUAUACAACUAUAAAGAUGUGAUCUACAAUACUACAGAUGGCACAGGAGGAUGCAUUGUUGCAACCUGUGGUCCCAAUGGGACAGUUGAAAGGCGUAUCUAUGAAUGUCCAAUCAUAACAUCACCCACAAUGUCAACACCAUUUCAUUUCAGCACUAUACCACCUGCCACUACUCACACAGUGUUGCCAACUACAUCAGUCUGUGUUCAUGAAGUCUGUGACUGGUCAGAAUGGUAUGAUGGGAAUCAGCGAAUGCCUGGCUACGAUGGUGGAGAUUUUGAAACAUUUGAUGAUUUGAGAGCUAAAGGUUAUAAAGUCUGUGAAGCUCCAAAGGCUAUUCAAUGCAGGGCAGAAAAAUUUCCUAACAUACCACUGAAAGAACUUGGCCAAAAACUAGAAUGCAGUAAAACAGCGGGACUCAUAUGUCACAACAAAGAUCAAAUUUCAACACUGUGCUACAAUUAUGAAAUCAGAGUCUUAUGUUGUGUUUUUGUACCAUGUUCUCGCACAACUGUAACCACGAAAUCUUAUGAAAGUAUUACAUCAAUCACACUUACAACUCCAGAAACAAUAACGACUUCUUCAAAACCUCUUGGAACAACAGCAAGUACUUCCACAGAGACAACAUCCAGUACAAUACCUUGCAAACCUGAGUGCAAAUGGUCCAAAUGGUAUGAUGUCCAUUCCCCAACUUUGCACAACAAGGGAGAUUUUGAAACUUACCAUGAUAUUAGAGCUGCUGGAAAAGCAAUUUGCAGAAACCCUGAAAAAAUACAAUGUAGAGCAGAGAAAUAUCCACACAAAUCUAUUGAAGAAAUUGGCCAAGUUGUUCACUGCAAUGUAACAUAUGGGCUCAUCUGUAGAAAUGAGGACCAAAAAGGUGAAUUGCAUAUAUGUCUUAAUUACCAGAUAAAGGUAUACUGUUGUGAGGACUACAGCCACUGUCAAACAACAGUAACAUCAACUGCAUCAACUGAAACUUCUACACAAAUACCUACAACUACAGAAAUUACAUCAUUUUCAUCAACGACGAGAUUAACACCAAUUGUUACAACUUCUGAAAGCACAACUUUCAAAAUUUCAACAGCUACAGCAACAACCACAAGCACAUCCACAACAGAAAAAACAAAACCUGUCACUAUUUCUCCUUCAACAGCUCCUCUUUGUAUUAAAGAAGUAUGUGAAUGGUCAAAGUGGUAUGAUGUCAGCUACCCGGGAUCUGGAUAUGAUGAUGGAGAUUUUGAUACAAUUCAGAACAUAAAAAAACACGGAUACCAAGUCUGUAGUAACAGAAAAGCUGUGGAAUGCAGAGCGGUAAGGUUUCCUGACACACCCUAUCCCCUCCUGGAGCAACACAUCACAUGUAACACAGAAGAAGGGUUGAUAUGCUACAACAAAGACCAGUUACCACCAAUUUGCUAUAACUACAUGCUCCGAUUUCAGUGCUGUAUGAAUAAAACAGUACCAUGUUCUAAGACAGAAGUUCCAUAUACAACAACACAAACACCACAACAUACAUCAAGUAUUCGAACCACAUCAACAACAUUUACAUCAACAACAAUAACAACACCAACACAAACACUAAGCAUACACACACAUACGCCAACGAUUACUGCACCAACUCCACCAAAAACAGAACAUAUUCAUACGCAAACUACAACAGAAAGUACAACACAAACACAAAAAACAACAACCACAUACACUGAAACGAUGAGAACACUAACACCGACUGUCACUAUACCCAGCAUCCCCACGUCCACACCCACCCUCACCCCCACCACCACACUCUCCACCACCGUCUGUACCCCAGAAGAGUGCUCCUGGACCGAGUGGUUCGACGUCGACUUCCCCUCCUCGGGGCCCGGCCAGGGAGACUUUGAAACCUACCAGCACAUCAGGGCCGCCGGACGGAACGUCUGUCGGCACCCUAAGGACAUCCAGUGCCAGGCGGAGGACUACCCCGACCUUUCCAUCGAGCACAUCGGCCAGGUCGUGCAGUGCGACGUCCACUUUGGACUGGUGUGCAAGAACGAAGACCAGCUUGGCAAAUUUAAGAUGUGCCUGAACUACAAGAUCCGCGUCCUCUGCUGCACGCCAAACCCGCUCUGCUCUACCACCACCAUCACGCCCACCACCAGCCCCACCACCACCACCCCCACCACCAGCCCAUGGACGACCAGCUCCACGGAAUCAACCCCCACGGUCACAACCUCCACCAGCACCCUCCCCACCUCCUCCGAGACCGCAACACCAACCACCACCGUCACCAGCAUCCCCACGUCCACACCCACCCUCACCCCCACCACCACACUCUCCACCACCGUCUGUACCCCAGAAGAGUGCUCCUGGACCGAGUGGUUCGACGUCGACUUCCCCUCCUCGGGGCCCGGCCAGGGAGACUUUGAAACCUACCAGCACAUCAGGGCCGCCGGACGGAACGUCUGUCGGCACCCUAAGGACAUCCAGUGCCAGGCGGAGGACUACCCCGACCUUUCCAUCGAGCACAUCGGCCAGGUCGUGCAGUGCGACGUCCACUUUGGACUGGUGUGCAAGAACGAAGACCAGCUUGGCAAAUUUAAGAUGUGCCUGAACUACAAGAUCCGCGUCCUCUGCUGCACGCCAAACCCGCUCUGCUCUACCACCACCAUCACGCCCACCACCAGCCCCACCACCACCACCCCCACCACCAGCCCAUGGACGACCAGCUCCACGGAAUCAACCCCCACGGUCACAACCUCCACCAGCACCCUCCCCACCUCCUCCGAGACCGCAACACCAACCACCACCGUCACCAGCAUCCCCACGUCCACACCCACCCUCACCCCCACCACCACACUCUCCACCACCGUCUGUACCCCAGAAGAGUGCUCCUGGACCGAGUGGUUCGACGUCGACUUCCCCUCCUUGGGGCCCGGCCAGGGAGACUUUGAAACCUACCAGCACAUCAGGGCCGCCGGACGGAACGUCUGUCGGCACCCUAAGGACAUCCAGUGCCAGGCGGAGGACUACCCCGACCUUUCCAUCGAGCACAUCGGCCAGGUCGUGCAGUGCGACGUCCACUUUGGACUGGUGUGCAAGAACGAAGACCAGCUUGGCAAAUUUAAGAUGUGCCUGAACUACAAGAUCCGCGUCCUCUGCUGCACGCCAAACCCGCUCUGCUCUACCACCACCAUCACGCCCACCACCAGCCCCACCACCACCACCCCCACCACCAGCCCAUGGACGACCAGCUCCACGGAAUCAACCCCCACGGUCACAACCUCCACCAGCACCCUCCCCACCUCCUCCGAGACCGCAACACCAACCACCACCGUCACCAGCAUCCCCACGUCCACACCCACCCUCACCCCCACCACCACACUCUCCACCACCGUCUGUACCCCAGAAGAGUGCUCCUGGACCGAGUGGUUCGACGUCGACUUCCCCUCCUCGGGGCCCGGCCAGGGAGACUUUGAAACCUACCAGCACAUCAGGGCCGCCGGACGGAACGUCUGUCGGCACCCUAAGGACAUCCAGUGCCAGGCGGAGGACUACCCCGACCUUUCCAUCGAGCACAUCGGCCAGGUCGUGCAGUGCGACGUCCACUUUGGACUGGUGUGCAAGAACGAAGACCAGCUUGGCAAAUUUAAGAUGUGCCUGAACUACAAGAUCCGCGUCCUCUGCUGCACGCCAAACCCGCUCUGCUCUACCACCACCAUCACGCCCACCACCAGCCCCACCACCACCACCCCCACCACCAGCCCAUGGACGACCAGCUCCACGGAAUCAACCCCCACGGUCACAACCUCCACCAGCACCCUCCCCACCUCCUCCGAGACCGCAACACCAACCACCACCGUCACCAGCAUCCCCACGUCCACACCCACCCUCACCCCCACCACCACACUCUCCACCACCGUCUGUACCCCAGAAGAGUGCUCCUGGACCGAGUGGUUCGACGUCGACUUCCCCUCCUCGGGGCCCGGCCAGGGAGACUUUGAAACCUACCAGCACAUCAGGGCCGCCGGACGGAACGUCUGUCGGCACCCUAAGGACAUCCAGUGCCAGGCGGAGGACUACCCCGACCUUUCCAUCGAGCACAUCGGCCAGGUCGUGCAGUGCGACGUCCACUUUGGACUGGUGUGCAAGAACGAAGACCAGCUUGGCAAAUUUAAGAUGUGCCUGAACUACAAGAUCCGCGUCCUCUGCUGCACGCCAAACCCGCUCUGCUCUACCACCACCAUCACGCCCACCACCAGCCCCACCACCACCACCCCCACCACCAGCCCAUGGACGACCAGCUCCACGGAAUCAACCCCCACGGUCACAACCUCCACCAGCACCCUCCCCACCUCCUCCGAGACCGCAACACCAACCACCACCGUCACCAGCAUCCCCACGUCCACACCCACCCUCACCCCCACCACCACACUCUCCACCACCGUCUGUACCCCAGAAGAGUGCUCCUGGACCGAGUGGUUCGACGUCGACUUCCCCUCCUCGGGGCCCGGCCAGGGAGACUUUGAAACCUACCAGCACAUCAGGGCCGCCGGACGGAACGUCUGUCGGCACCCUAAGGACAUCCAGUGCCAGGCGGAGGACUACCCCGACCUUUCCAUCGAGCACAUCGGCCAGGUCGUGCAGUGCGACGUCCACUUUGGACUGGUGUGCAAGAACGAAGACCAGCUUGGCAAAUUUAAGAUGUGCCUGAACUACAAGAUCCGCGUCCUCUGCUGCACGCCAAACCCGCUCUGCUCUACCACCACCAUCACGCCCACCACCAGCCCCACCACCACCACCCCCACCACCAGCCCAUGGACGACCAGCUCCACGGAAUCAACCCCCACAGUCACAACCUCCACCAGUACCCUCCCCACCUCCUCCGAGACCGCAACACCAACCACCACCGUCACCAGCAUCCCCACGUCCACACCCACCCUCACCCCCACCACCACACUCUCCACCACCGUCUGUACCCCAGAAGAGUGCUCCUGGACCGAGUGGUUCGACGUCGACUUCCCCUCCUCGGGGCCCGGCCAGGGAGACUUUGAAACCUACCAGCACAUCAGGGCCGCCGGACGGAACGUCUGUCGGCACCCUAAGGACAUCCAGUGCCAGGCGGAGGACUACCCCGACCUUUCCAUCGAGCACAUCGGCCAGGUCGUGCAGUGCGACGUCCACUUUGGACUGGUGUGCAAGAACGAAGACCAGCUUGGCAAAUUUAAGAUGUGCCUGAACUACAAGAUCCGCGUCCUCUGCUGCACGCCAAACCCGCUCUGCUCUACCACCACCAUCACGCCCACCACCAGCCCCACCACCACCACCCCCACCACCAGCCCAUGGACGACCAGCUCCACGGAAUCAACCCCCACGGUCACAACCUCCACCAGCACCCUCCCCACCUCCUCCGAGACCGCAACACCAACCACCACCGUCACCAGCAUCCCCACGUCCACACCCACCGUCACCCCCACCACCACACUCUCCACCACCGUCUGUACCCCAGAAGAGUGCUCCUGGACCGAGUGGUUCGACGUCGACUUCCCCUCCUCGGGGCCCGGCCAGGGAGACUUUGAAACCUACCAGCACAUCAGGGCCGCCGGACGGAACGUCUGUCGGCACCCUAAGGACAUCCAGUGCCAGGCGGAGGACUACCCCGACCUUUCCAUCGAGCACAUCGGCCAGGUCGUGCAGUGCGACGUCCACUUUGGACUGGUGUGCAAGAACGAAGACCAGCUUGGCAAAUUUAAGAUGUGCCUGAACUACAAGAUCCGCGUCCUCUGCUGCACGCCAAACCCGCUCUGCUCUACCACCACCAUCACGCCCACCACCAGCCCCACCACCACCACCCCCACCACCAGCCCAUGGACGACCAGCUCCACGGAAUCAACCCCCACGGUCACAACCUCCACCAGCACCCUCCCCACCUCCUCCGAGACCGCAACACCAACCACCACCGUCACCAGCAUCCCCACGUCCACACCCACCCUCACCCCCACCACCACACUCUCCACUACCGUCUGUACCCCAGAAGAGUGCUCCUGGACCGAGUGGUUCGACGUCGACUUCCCCUCCUCGGGGCCCGGCCAGGGAGACUUUGAAACCUACCAGCACAUCAGGGCCGCCGGACGGAACGUCUGUCGGCACCCUAAGGACAUCCAGUGCCAGGCGGAGGACUACCCCGACCUUUCCAUCGAGCACAUCGGCCAGGUCGUGCAGUGCGACGUCCACUUUGGACUGGUGUGCAAGAACGAAGACCAGCUUGGCAAAUUUAAGAUGUGCCUGAACUACAAGAUCCGCGUCCUCUGCUGCACGCCAAACCCGCUCUGCUCUACCACCACCAUCACGCCCACCACCAGCCCCACCACCCCCACCCCCACCACCAGCCCAUGGACGACCAGCUCCACGGAAUCAACCCCCACGGUCACAACCUCCACCAGCACCCUCCCCACCUCCUCCGAGACCGCAACACCAACCACCACCGUCACCAGCAUCCCCACGUCCACACCCACCGUCACCCCCACCACCACACUCUCCACCACCGUCUGUACCCCAGAAGAGUGCUCCUGGACCGAGUGGUUCGACGUCGACUUCCCCUCCUCGGGGCCCGGCCAGGGAGACUUUGAAACCUACCAGCACAUCAGGGCCGCCGGACGGAACGUCUGUCGGCACCCUAAGGACAUCCAGUGCCAGGCGGAGGACUACCCCGACCUUUCCAUCGAGCACAUCGGCCAGGUCGUGCAGUGCGACGUCCACUUUGGACUGGUGUGCAAGAACGAAGACCAGCUUGGCAAAUUUAAGAUGUGCCUGAACUACAAGAUCCGCGUCCUCUGCUGCACGCCAAACCCGCUCUGCUCUACCACCACCAUCACGCCCACCACCAGCCCCACCACCACCACCCCCACCACCAGCCCAUGGACGACCAGCUCCACGGAAUCAACCCCCACGGUCACAACCUCCACCAGCACCCUCCCCACCUCCUCCGAGACCGCAACACCAACCACCACCGUCACCAGCAUCCCCACGUCCACACCCACCCUCACCCCCACCACCACACUCUCCACCACCGUCUGUACCCCAGAAGAGUGCUCCUGGACCGAGUGGUUCGACGUCGACUUCCCCUCCUCGGGGCCCGGCCAGGGAGACUUUGAAACCUACCAGCACAUCAGGGCCGCCGGACGGAACGUCUGUCGGCACCCUAAGGACAUCCAGUGCCAGGCGGAGGACUACCCCGACCUUUCCAUCGAGCACAUCGGCCAGGUCGUGCAGUGCGACGUCCACUUUGGACUGGUGUGCAAGAACGAAGACCAGCUUGGCAAAUUUAAGAUGUGCCUGAACUACAAGAUCCGCGUCCUCUGCUGCACGCCAAACCCGCUCUGCUCUACCACCACCAUCACGCCCACCACCAGCCCCACCACCACCACCCCCACCACCAGCCCAUGGACGACCAGCUCCACGGAAUCAACCCCCACGGUCACAACCUCCACCAGCACCCUCCCCACCUCCUCCGAGACCGCAACACCAACCACCACCGUCACCAGCAUCCCCACGUCCACACCCACCCUCACCCCCACCACCACACUCUCCACCACCGUCUGUACCCCAGAAGAGUGCUCCUGGACCGAGUGGUUCGACGUCGACUUCCCCUCCUCGGGGCCCGGCCAGGGAGACUUUGAAACCUACCAGCACAUCAGGGCCGUCGGACGGAACGUCUGUCGGCACCCUAAGGACAUCCAGUGCCAGGCGGAGGACUACCCCGACCUUUCCAUCGAGCACAUCGGCCAGGUCGUGCAGUGCGACGUCCACUUUGGACUGGUGUGCAAGAACGAAGACCAGCUUGGCAAAUUUAAGAUGUGCCUGAACUACAAGAUCCGCGUCCUCUGCUGCACGCCAAACCCGCUCUGCUCUACCACCACCAUCACGCCCACCACCAGCCCCACCACCACCACCCCCACCACCAGCCCAUGGACGACCAGCUCCACGGAAUCAACCCCCACGGUCACAACCUCCACCAGCACCCUCCCCACCUCCUCCGAGACCGCAACACCAACCACCACCGUCACCAGCAUCCCCACGUCCACACCCACCCUCACCCCCACCACCACACUCUCCACCACCGUCUGUACCCCAGAAGAGUGCUCCUGGACCGAGUGGUUCGACGUCGACUUCCCCUCCUCGGGGCCCGGCCAGGGAGACUUUGAAACCUACCAGCACAUCAGGGCCGCCGGACGGAACGUCUGUCGGCACCCUAAGGACAUCCAGUGCCAGGCGGAGGACUACCCCGACCUUUCCAUCGAGCACAUCGGCCAGGUCGUGCAGUGCGACGUCCACUUUGGACUGGUGUGCAAGAACGAAGACCAGCUUGGCAAAUUUAAGAUGUGCCUGAACUACAAGAUCCGCGUCCUCUGCUGCACGCCAAACCCGCUCUGCUCUACCACCACCAUCACGCCCACCACCAGCCCCACCACCACCACCCCCACCACCAGCCCAUGGACGACCAGCUCCACGGAAUCAACCCCCACGGUCACAACCUCCACCAGCACCCUCCCCACCUCCUCCGAGACCGCAACACCAACCACCACCGUCACCAGCAUCCCCACGUCCACACCCACCCUCACCCCCACCACCACACUCUCCACCACCGUCUGUACCCCAGAAGAGUGCUCCUGGACCGAGUGGUUCGACGUCGACUUCCCCUCCUCGGGGCCCGGCCAGGGAGACUUUGAAACCUACCAGCACAUCAGGGCCGCCGGACGGAACGUCUGUCGGCACCCUAAGGACAUCCAGUGCCAGGCGGAGGACUACCCCGACCUUUCCAUCGAGCACAUCGGCCAGGUCGUGCAGUGCGACGUCCACUUUGGACUGGUGUGCAAGAACGAAGACCAGCUUGGCAAAUUUAAGAUGUGCCUGAACUACAAGAUCCGCGUCCUCUGCUGCACGCCAAACCCGCUCUGCUCUACCACCACCAUCACGCCCACCACCAGCCCCACCACCACCACCCCCACCACCAGCCCAUGGACGACCAGCUCCACGGAAUCAACCCCCACGGUCACAACCUCCACCAGCACCCUCCCCACCUCCUCCGAGACCGCAACACCAACCACCACCGUCACCAGCAUCCCCACGUCCACACCCACCCUCACCCCCACCACCACACUCUCCACCACCGUCUGUACCCCAGAAGAGUGCUCCUGGACCGAGUGGUUCGACGUCGACUUCCCCUCCUCGGGGCCCGGCCAGGGAGACUUUGAAACCUACCAGCACAUCAGGGCCGCCGGACGGAACGUCUGUCGGCACCCUAAGGACAUCCAGUGCCAGGCGGAGGACUACCCCGACCUUUCCAUCGAGCACAUCGGCCAGGUCGUGCAGUGCGACGUCCACUUUGGACUGGUGUGCAAGAACGAAGACCAGCUUGGCAAAUUUAAGAUGUGCCUGAACUACAAGAUCCGCGUCCUCUGCUGCACGCCAAACCCGCUCUGCUCUACCACCACCAUCACGCCCACCACCAGCCCCACCACCCCCACCCCCACCACCAGCCCAUGGACGACCAGCUCCACGGAAUCAACCCCCACGGUCACAACCUCCACCAGCACCCUCCCCACCUCCUCCGAGACCGCAACACCAACCACCACCGUCACCAGCAUCCCCACGUCCACACCCACCGUCACCCCCACCACCACACUCUCCACCACCGUCUGUACCCCAGAAGAGUGCUCCUGGACCGAGUGGUUCGACGUCGACUUCCCCUCCUCGGGGCCCGGCCAGGGAGACUUUGAAACCUACCAGCACAUCAGGGCCGCCGGACGGAACGUCUGUCGGCACCCUAAGGACAUCCAGUGCCAGGCGGAGGACUACCCCGACCUUUCCAUCGAGCACAUCGGCCAGGUCGUGCAGUGCGACGUCCACUUUGGACUGGUGUGCAAGAACGAAGACCAGCUUGGCAAAUUUAAGAUGUGCCUGAACUACAAGAUCCGCGUCCUCUGCUGCACGCCAAACCCGCUCUGCUCUACCACCACCAUCACGCCCACCACCAGCCCCACCACCCCCACCCCCACCACCAGCCCAUGGACGACCAGCUCCACGGAAUCAACCCCCACGGUCACAACCUCCACCAGCACCCUCCCCACCUCCUCCGAGACCGCAACACCAACCACCACCGUCACCAGCAUCCCCACGUCCACACCCACCCUCACCCCCACCACCACACUCUCCACCACCGUCUGUACCCCAGAAGAGUGCUCCUGGACCGAGUGGUUCGACGUCGACUUCCCCUCCUCGGGGCCCGGCCAGGGAGACUUUGAAACCUACCAGCACAUCAGGGCCGCCGGACGGAACGUCUGUCGGCACCCUAAGGACAUCCAGUGCCAGGCGGAGGACUACCCCGACCUUUCCAUCGAGCACAUCGGCCAGGUCGUGCAGUGCGACGUCCACUUUGGACUGGUGUGCAAGAACGAAGACCAGCUUGGCAAAUUUAAGAUGUGCCUGAACUACAAGAUCCGCGUCCUCUGCUGCACGCCAAACCCGCUCUGCUCUACCACCACCAUCACGCCCACCACCAGCCCCACCACCACCACCCCCACCACCAGCCCAUGGACGACCAGCUCCACGGAAUCAACCCCCACGGUCACAACCUCCACCAGCACCCUCCCCACCUCCUCCGAGACCGCAACACCAACCACCACCGUCACCAGCAUCCCCACGUCCACACCCACCCUCACCCCCACCACCACACUCUCCACCACCGUCUGUACCCCAGAAGAGUGCUCCUGGACCGAGUGGUUCGACGUCGACUUCCCCUCCUCGGGGCCCGGCCAGGGAGACUUUGAAACCUACCAGCACAUCAGGGCCGCCGGACGGAACGUCUGUCGGCACCCUAAGGACAUCCAGUGCCAGGCGGAGGACUACCCCGACCUUUCCAUCGAGCACAUCGGCCAGGUCGUGCAGUGCGACGUCCACUUUGGACUGGUGUGCAAGAACGAAGACCAGCUUGGCAAAUUUAAGAUGUGCCUGAACUACAAGAUCCGCGUCCUCUGCUGCACGCCAAACCCGCUCUGCUCUACCACCACCAUCACGCCCACCACCAGCCCCACCACCACCACCCCCACCACCAGCCCAUGGACGACCAGCUCCACGGAAUCAACCCCCACGGUCACAACCUCCACCAGCACCCUCCCCACCUCCUCCGAGACCGCAACACCAACCACCACCGUCACCAGCAUCCCCACGUCCACACCCACCCUCACCCCCACCACCACACUCUCCACCACCGUCUGUACCCCAGAAGAGUGCUCCUGGACCGAGUGGUUCGACGUCGACUUCCCCUCCUCGGGGCCCGGCCAGGGAGACUUUGAAACCUACCAGCACAUCAGGGCCGCCGGACGGAACGUCUGUCGGCACCCUAAGGACAUCCAGUGCCAGGCGGAGGACUACCCCGACCUUUCCAUCGAGCACAUCGGCCAGGUCGUGCAGUGCGACGUCCACUUUGGACUGGUGUGCAAGAACGAAGACCAGCUUGGCAAAUUUAAGAUGUGCCUGAACUACAAGAUCCGCGUCCUCUGCUGCACGCCAAACCCGCUCUGCUCUACCACCACCAUCACGCCCACCACCAGCCCCACCACCCCCACCCCCACCACCAGCCCAUGGACGACCAGCUCCACGGAAUCAACCCCCACGGUCACAACCUCCACCAGCACCCUCCCCACCUCCUCCGAGACCGCAACACCAACCACCACCGUCACCAGCAUCCCCACGUCCACACCCACCCUCACCCCCACCACCACACUCUCCACCACCGUCUGUACCCCAGAAGAGUGCUCCUGGACCGAGUGGUUCGACGUCGACUUCCCCUCCUCGGGGCCCGGCCAGGGAGACUUUGAAACCUACCAGCACAUCAGGGCCGCCGGACGGAACGUCUGUCGGCACCCUAAGGACAUCCAGUGCCAGGCGGAGGACUACCCCGACCUUUCCAUCGAGCACAUCGGCCAGGUCGUGCAGUGCGACGUCCACUUUGGACUGGUGUGCAAGAACGAAGACCAGCUUGGCAAAUUUAAGAUGUGCCUGAACUACAAGAUCCGCGUCCUCUGCUGCACGCCAAACCCGCUCUGCUCUACCACCACCAUCACGCCCACCACCAGCCCCACCACCACCACCCCCACCACCAGCCCAUGGACGACCAGCUCCACGGAAUCAACCCCCACGGUCACAACCUCCACCAGCACCCUCCCCACCUCCUCCGAGACCGCAACACCAACCACCACCGUCACCAGCAUCCCCACGUCCACACCCACCCUCACCCCCACCACCACACUCUCCACCACCGUCUGUACCCCAGAAGAGUGCUCCUGGACCGAGUGGUUCGACGUCGACUUCCCCUCCUCGGGGCCCGGCCAGGGAGACUUUGAAACCUACCAGCACAUCAGGGCCGCCGGACGGAACGUCUGUCGGCACCCUAAGGACAUCCAGUGCCAGGCGGAGGACUACCCCGACCUUUCCAUCGAGCACAUCGGCCAGGUCGUGCAGUGCGACGUCCACUUUGGACUGGUGUGCAAGAACGAAGACCAGCUUGGCAAAUUUAAGAUGUGCCUGAACUACAAGAUCCGCGUCCUCUGCUGCACACCAAACCCGCUCUGCUCUACCACCACCAUCACGCCCACCACCAGCCCCACCACCACCACCCCCACCACCAGCCCAUGGACGACCAGCUCCACAGAAUCAACCCCCACGGUCACAACCUCCACCAGCACCCUCCCCACCUCCUCCGAGACCGCAACACCAACCACCACCGUCACCAGCAUCCCCACGUCCACACCCACCCUCACCCCCACCACCACACUCUCCACCACCGUCUGUACCCCAGAAGAGUGCUCCUGGACCGAGUGGUUCGACGUCGACUUCCCCUCCUCGGGGCCCGGCCAGGGAGACUUUGAAACCUACCAGCACAUCAGGGCCGCCGGACGGAACGUCUGUCGGCACCCUAAGGACAUCCAGUGCCAGGCGGAGGACUACCCCGACCUUUCCAUCGAGCACAUCGGCCAGGUCGUGCAGUGCGACGUCCACUUUGGACUGGUGUGCAAGAACGAAGACCAGCUUGGCAAAUUUAAGAUGUGCCUGAACUACAAGAUCCGCGUCCUCUGCUGCACGCCAAACCCGCUCUGCUCUACCACCACCAUCACGCCCACCACCAGCCCCACCACCCCCACCCCCACCACCAGCCCAUGGACGACCAGCUCCACGGAAUCAACCCCCACGGUCACAACCUCCACCAGCACCCUCCCCACCUCCUCCGAGACCGCAACACCAACCACCACCGUCACCAGCAUCCCCACGUCCACACCCACCCUCACCCCCACCACCACACUCUCCACCACCGUCUGUACCCCAGAAGAGUGCUCCUGGACCGAGUGGUUCGACGUCGACUUCCCCUCCUCGGGGCCCGGCCAGGGAGACUUUGAAACCUACCAGCACAUCAGGGCCGCCGGACGGAACGUCUGUCGGCACCCUAAGGACAUCCAGUGCCAGGCGGAGGACUACCCCGACCUUUCCAUCGAGCACAUCGGCCAGGUCGUGCAGUGCGACGUCCACUUUGGACUGGUGUGCAAGAACGAAGACCAGCUUGGCAAAUUUAAGAUGUGCCUGAACUACAAGAUCCGCGUCCUCUGCUGCACGCCAAACCCGCUCUGCUCUACCACCACCAUCACGCCCACCACCAGCCCCACCACCACCACCCCCACCACCAGCCCAUGGACGACCAGCUCCACGGAAUCAACCCCCACGGUCACAACCUCCACCAGCACCCUCCCCACCUCCUCCGAGACCGCAACACCAACCACCACCGUCACCAGCAUCCCCACGUCCACACCCACCCUCACCCCCACCACCACACUCUCCACCACCGUCUGUACCCCAGAAGAGUGCUCCUGGACCGAGUGGUUCGACGUCGACUUCCCCUCCUCGGGGCCCGGCCAGGGAGACUUUGAAACCUACCAGCACAUCAGGGCCGCCGGACGGAACGUCUGUCGGCACCCUAAGGACAUCCAGUGCCAGGCGGAGGACUACCCCGACCUUUCCAUCGAGCACAUCGGCCAGGUCGUGCAGUGCGACGUCCACUUUGGACUGGUGUGCAAGAACGAAGACCAGCUUGGCAAAUUUAAGAUGUGCCUGAACUACAAGAUCCGCGUCCUCUGCUGCACGCCAAACCCGCUCUGCUCUACCACCACCAUCACGCCCACCACCAGCCCCACCACCACCACCCCCACCACCAGCCCAUGGACGACCAGCUCCACGGAAUCAACCCCCACGGUCACAACCUCCACCAGCACCCUCCCCACCUCCUCCGAGACCACAACACCAACCACCACCGUCACCAGCAUCCCCACGUCCACACCCACCCUCACCCCCACCACCACACUCUCCACCACCGUCUGUACCCCAGAAGAGUGCUCCUGGACCGAGUGGUUCGACGUCGACUUCCCCUCCUCGGGGCCCGGCCAGGGAGACUUUGAAACCUACCAGCACAUCAGGGCCGCCGGACGGAACGUCUGUCGGCACCCUAAGGACAUCCAGUGCCAGGCGGAGGACUACCCCGACCUUUCCAUCGAGCACAUCGGCCAGGUCGUGCAGUGCGACGUCCACUUUGGACUGGUGUGCAAGAACGAAGACCAGCUUGGCAAAUUUAAGAUGUGCCUGAACUACAAGAUCCGCGUCCUCUGCUGCACGCCAAACCCGCUCUGCUCUACCACCACCAUCACGCCCACCACCAGCCCCACCACCACCACCCCCACCACCAGCCCAUGGACGACCAGCUCCACAGAAUCAACCCCCACGGUCACAACCUCCACCAGCACCCUCCCCACCUCCUCCGAGACCGCAACACCAACCACCACCGUCACCAGCAUCCCCACGUCCACACCCACCCUCACCCCCACCACCACACUCUCCACCACCGUCUGUACCCCAGAAGAGUGCUCCUGGACCGAGUGGUUCGACGUCGACUUCCCCUCCUCGGGGCCCGGCCAGGGAGACUUUGAAACCUACCAGCACAUCAGGGCCGCCGGACGGAACGUCUGUCGGCACCCUAAGGACAUCCAGUGCCAGGCGGAGGACUACCCCGACCUUUCCAUCGAGCACAUCGGCCAGGUCGUGCAGUGCGACGUCCACUUUGGACUGGUGUGCAAGAACGAAGACCAGCUUGGCAAAUUUAAGAUGUGCCUGAACUACAAGAUCCGCGUCCUCUGCUGCACGCCAAACCCGCUCUGCUCUACCACCAUCAUCACGCCCACCACCAGCCCCACCACCACCACCCCCACCACCAGCCCAUGGACGACCAGCUCCACAGAAUCAACCCCCACGGUCACAACCUCCACCAGCACCCUCCCCACCUCCUCCGAGACCGCAACACCAACCACCACCGUCACCAGCAUCCCCACGUCCACACCCACCGUCACCCCCACCACCACACUCUCCACCACCGUCUGUACCCCAGAAGAGUGCUCCUGGACCGAGUGGUUCGACGUCGACUUCCCCUCCUCGGGGCCCGGCCAGGGAGACUUUGAAACCUACCAGCACAUCAGGGCCGCCGGACGGAACGUCUGUCAGCACCCUAAGGACAUCCAGUGCCAGGCGGAGGACUACCCCGACCUUUCCAUCGAGCACAUCGGCCAGGUCGUGCAGUGCAAUGUCCACUUUGGACUGGUGUGCAAGAACGAAGACCAGCUUGGCAAAUUUAAGAUGUGCCUGAACUACAAGAUCCGCGUCCUCUGCUGCACGCCAAACCCGCUCUGCUCUACCACCACCAUCACGCCCACCACCAGCCCAUGGACGACCAGCUCCACGGAAUCAACCCCCACGGUCACAACCUCCACCAGCACCCUUCCCACCUCCUCCGAGACCGCAACACCAACCACCACCGUCACCAGCAUCCCCACGUCCACACCCACCCUCACCCCCACCACCACACUCUCCACCACCGUCUGUACCCCAGAAGAGUGCUCCUGGACCGAGUGGUUCGACGUCGACUUCCCCUCCUCGGGGCCCGGCCAGGGAGACUUUGAAACCUACCAGCACAUCAGGGCCGCCGGACGGAACGUCUGUCGGCACCCUAAGGACAUCCAGUGCCAGGCGGAGGACUACCCCGACCUUUCCAUCGAGCACAUCGGCCAGGUCGUGCAGUGCGACGUCCACUUUGGACUGGUGUGCAAGAACGAAGACCAGCUUGGCAAAUUUAAGAUGUGCCUGAACUACAAGAUCCGCGUCCUCUGCUGCACGCCAAACCCGCUCUGCUCUACCACCACCAUCACGCCCACCACCAGCCCCACCACCACCACCCCCACCACCAGCCCAUGGACGACCAGCUCCACGGAAUCAACCCCCACGGUCACAACCUCCACCAGCACCCUCCCCACCUCCUCCGAGACCGCAACACCAACCACCACCGUCACCAGCAUCCCCACGUCCACACCCACCCUCACCCCCACCACCACACUCUCCACCACCGUCUGUACCCCAGAAGAGUGCUCCUGGACCGAGUGGUUCGACGUCGACUUCCCCUCCUCGGGGCCCGGCCAGGGAGACUUUGAAACCUACCAGCACAUCAGGGCCGCCGGACGGAACGUCUGUCGGCACCCUAAGGACAUCCAGUGCCAGGCGGAGGACUACCCCGACCUUUCCAUCGAGCACAUCGGCCAGGUCGUGCAGUGCAACGUCCACUUUGGACUGGUGUGCAAGAACGAAGACCAGCUUGGCAAAUUUAAGAUGUGCCUGAACUACAAGAUCCGCGUCCUCUGCUGCACGCCAAACCCGCUCUGCUCUACCACCACCAUCACGCCCACCACCAGCCCCACCACCACCACCCCCACCACCAGCCCAUGGACGACCAGCUCCACAGAAUCAACCCCCACGGUCACAACCUCCACCAGCACCCUCCCCACCUCCUCCGAGACCGCAACACCAACCACCACCGUCACCAGCAUCCCCACGUCCACACCCACCCUCACCCCCACCACCACACUCUCCACCACCGUCUGUACCCCAGAAGAGUGCUCCUGGACCGAGUGGUUCGACGUCGACUUCCCCUCCUCGGGGCCCGGCCAGGGAGACUUUGAAACCUACCAGCACAUCAGGGCCGCCGGACGGAACGUCUGUCGGCACCCUAAGGACAUCCAGUGCCAGGCGGAGGACUACCCCGACCUUUCCAUCGAGCACAUCGGCCAGGUCGUGCAGUGCGACGUCCACUUUGGACUGGUGUGCAAGAACGAAGACCAGCUUGGCAAAUUUAAGAUGUGCCUGAACUACAAGAUCCGCGUCCUCUGCUGCACGCCAAACCCGCUCUGCUCUACCACCACCAUCACGCCCACCACCAGCCCCACCACUACCACCCCCACCACCAGCCCAUGGACGACCAGCUCCACGGAAUCAACCCCCACGGUCACAACCUCCACCAGCACCCUUCCCACCUCCUCCGAGACCGCAACACCAACCACCACCGUCACCAGCAUCCCCACGUCCACACCCACCCUCACCCCCACCACCACACUCUCCACCACCGUCUGUACCCCAGAAGAGUGCUCCUGGACCGAGUGGUUCGACGUCGACUUCCCCUCCUCGGGGCCCGGCCAGGGAGACUUUGAAACCUACCAGCACAUCAGGGCCGCCGGACGGAACGUCUGUCGGCACCCUAAGGACAUCCAGUGCCAGGCGGAGGACUACCCCGACCUUUCCAUCGAGCACAUCGGCCAGGUCGUGCAGUGCGACGUCCACUUUGGACUGGUGUGCAAGAACGAAGACCAGCUUGGCAAAUUUAAGAUGUGCCUGAACUACAAGAUCCGCGUCCUCUGCUGCACGCCAAACCCGCUCUGCUCUACCACCACCAUCACGCCCACCACCAGCCCCACCACUACCACCCCCACCACCAGCCCAUGGACGACCAGCUCCACGGAAUCAACCCCCACGGUCACAACCUCCACCAGCACCCUUCCCACCUCCUCCGAGACCGCAACACCAACCACCACCGUCACCAGCAUCCCCACGUCCACACCCACCCUCACCCCCACCACCACACUCUCCACCACCGUCUGUACCCCAGAAGAGUGCUCCUGGACCGAGUGGUUCGACGUCGACUUCCCCUCCUCGGGGCCCGGCCAGGGAGACUUUGAAACCUACCAGCACAUCAGGGCCGCCGGACGGAACGUCUGUCGGCACCCUAAGGACAUCCAGUGCCAGGCGGAGGACUACCCCGACCUUUCCAUCGAGCACAUCGGCCAGGUCGUGCAGUGCGACGUCCACUUUGGACUGGUGUGCAAGAACGAAGACCAGCUUGGCAAAUUUAAGAUGUGCCUGAACUACAAGAUCCGCGUCCUCUGCUGCACGCCAAACCCGCUCUGCUCUACCACCACCAUCACGCCCACCACCAGCCCCACCACCACCACCCCCACCACCAGCCCAUGGACGACCAGCUCCACAGAAUCAACCCCCACGGUCACAACCUCCACCAGCACCCUCCCCACCUCCUCCGAGACCGCAACACCAACCACCACCGUCACCAGCAUCCCCACGUCCACACCCACCCUCACCCCCACCACCACAUUCUCCACCACUGUCUGUACCCCAGAAGAGUGCUCCUGGACCGAGUGGUUCAACGUCGACUUCCCCUCCUCGGGGCCCGGCCAGGGAGACUUUGAAACCUACCAGCACAUCAGGGCCGCCGGACGGAACGUCUGUCGGCACCCUAAGGACAUCCAGUGCCAGGCGGAGGACUACCCCGACCUUUCCAUCGAGCACAUCGGCCAGGUCGUGCAGUGCGACGUCCACUUUGGACUGGUGUGCAAGAACGAAGACCAGCUUGGCAAAUUUAAGAUGUGCCUGAACUACAAGAUCCGCGUCCUCUGCUGCACGCCAAACCCGCUCUGCUCUACCACCACCAUCACGCCCACCACCAGCCCCACCACCACCACCCCCACCACCAGCCCAUGGACGACCAGCUCCACGGAAUCAACCCCCACGGUCACAACCUCCACCAGCACCCUUCCCACCUCCUCCGAGACCGCAACACCAACCACCACCGUCACCAGCAUCCCCACGUCCACACCCACCCUCACCCCCACCACCACACUCUCCACCACCGUCUGUACCCCAGAAGAGUGCUCCUGGACCGAGUGGUUCGACGUCGACUUCCCCUCCUCGGGGCCCGGCCAGGGAGACUUUGAAACCUACCAGCACAUCAGGGCCGCCGGACGGAACGUCUGUCGGCACCCUAAGGACAUCCAGUGCCAGGCGGAGGACUACCCCGACCUUUCCAUCGAGCACAUCGGCCAGGUCGUGCAGUGCGACGUCCACUUUGGACUGGUGUGCAAGAACGAAGACCAGCUUGGCAAAUUUAAGAUGUGCCUGAACUACAAGAUCCGCGUCCUCUGCUGCACGCCAAACCCGCUCUGCUCUACCACCACCAUCACGCCCACCACCAGCCCCACCACCACCACCCCCACCACCAGCUCAUGGACAUCAUGUUUCUGUAAAAUUGGAAAUUCCGUUUUUUCACCUGGUGAAGUUAUUUACAACAGAACAGACAGUGAUGGAUGUAGCUUUUACGCUAUCUGUAGUCAAACAUGUUCAGUUGAACGAUUCACAGGACCAUGUAUUUUUACUACUCCUUUUACCACUACUUCCCCCGAAAUAUCUACCACAACUACGUUAGUUCCUUCUACUACCUCUUGUGGCACAUAUACCACAGGUUGUUAUUCUAGUACUCACCCUCCUUUACAGCCUUGCCAAAGAAUGAAAUUAUCCAACUGCACAGAACUCCUCUGUGAGGGAGACAACAAAGAAAAAGUAAUUCAAACACAAUGCCCACCUGUAAAGGAAAUCACCUGUGCCAACAGAUAUCCACCAAUACUGGUCCCUGAUGAAAAUGGCUGCUGUUACCGCUAUGAAUGUCAAUGUGUGUGCAGUGGAUGGGGUGAUCCUCAUUAUAUUACUUUUGAUGGAAUCUACUACACUUUCCUUCAAAACUGCACUUAUGUCCUGGUGAAACAGAUUGUACCUAAAUAUGACAACUUCCGUGUUUACAUUGACAAUUAUUACUGUGAUUCAAAAGAUGGACUUUCCUGUCCUAAAUCGAUUAUUAUUUUCUACAAAUCUUCAGAAGUGGUGCUGACUCGUGAACUAAUGAAUGGUGUGAUGAAGAAUGUGAUUUACUUCAAUAAAAAGAUUGUCCAACCAGGCUUCAAAAAAGAUGGCAUUUCUAUUUCAAUGCUUGGCAUCAAUAUGAUUGUUGAAAUACCAGAGAUUGGUGCAACCAUCACCUUUAGUGGGCUGAUUUUCUCAGUGAAGCUCCCCUUCAGCAAAUUUGGCAACAACACUGAAGGACAGUGCGGAACAUGUUCAAAUAACAAAUCAGAUGAAUGCCGCUUGCCAAGUGGCAAGAUCAUUUCCUCCUGUCCCCAAAUGGCUCAUCACUGGAACGUUGGUAACAACCCAUCAUGCCCUAGGGUACCACCAUCAAUUGUAACUACACCUCCACCAUUGCCUCACUGUAAUACAUCUCUUUGCAAGCUUAUCAUGAGCAAAGUUUUCGAACCAUGCCAUGAUGUGAUACCACCAGAAUCAUUUUUCAAAGGGUGUGUUUUUGAUGCUUGUCGCAUACCCGAUGACUCCAUACAGUGUUCCAGUUUGGAGAUGUAUGCUACGGAGUGUGCUGCUAGAGGUAUCUGCAUUGACUGGAGAGAAAAGACCAACUUUAUAUGCCCAUACGACUGUCCACCAAACACAAUAUACAAGGCAUGCGGGCCCAUUAAUCCUGCUACCUGUGACCGAAGCUCUGUAGAGCACAGUGGCUAUGGUGUAACUGAAGGAUGUUUCUGCCCUGAAGGACAGAGUUUCAUCAGUGAAGACAGCAGUAUCUGUGUCCUCGAUUGUGUUUGUAAGGAACCAAGUGGAAUAUCCAAAAGGCCUGGAGCUGUCAUCCCAUCAGGUCCCUGUGAAAAAUGCACCUGCUUUAAUUCCUCUUACUCAAGCCCUCAUCACAUCUUUGUCAAGUGCGAGCCAGUUAUCUGUGACACGUACUGCCCAGUGGUUGGAGAAGUCUGGAACCCACCUGGCAAUAACUGUACAUUUUACACAUGUGAAAAAUAUGAGGACCAAUUCAUUCCAGUCAUUGUACAGGAACGCUGUCCACCCAUUCCAGACAACUGUGAUCCUGAUGACAUCACGAUAUCACAGGAUGGCUGCUGCAGAGAGUGCCUACCACCACCACAGAAAAGCUGUAAGAAGCACAACAGCACUACUGUCAUCCGGUACAAUGGAUGUGUGUCUCCUGUGCCUGUUGAGCUAACAUACUGUGAAGGCAGCUGUAAUGCUUACUCACGAUAUUCUACAGAGGCAAACAUGAUGGAACAUAACUGCAUGUGCUGUCAGGAAAUCAAGACCAGCCAAAGAACAGUGACCCUGACAUGCAGUGAUGGAACCCACUUUAAUUACUUAUACACCUAUGUGGAGAACUGCAGCUGUGUGGGCACUGAGUGCGUUCUUCAAAGCGAUGAAACCCCUAUCAACAAUGCCAAAAUAUCAGUGAAGGGGAUAAAGGCCUUGCCAGAGAAAGGGAAGGUCUAA